GAACUUUCCACAUCUCUCAUUUUCUAACCUAGCCCCCUCUCUGCCUCUGCCUCUGCCUCACCAGUCCAGUCACCACCCUCGCACCUAACGGCAGAAAAACAGAGCACGCAGCUUUCGCACCCAGACGCCGCAACUUGCCCCAAAUCCAAGCUCGAAUCGAAUCCGCACGCGCGUCCGAAUCGAGGAAAUGAGCCGCCCAGACGACGGGCAUAGGUCCUUCUUCCCAGUGGGAAACCCCUUCCGGGUCAUCCUUCCAGGGGGACCCCACCUGCCUCGGAAGCUCCAAGCGCUGCUCACGUCGUACGAGGAUGCCCUGGCCUCGAGCUUGAGGAAGCUCAAGCCGGAGAAUGCCGCGGAGGUCCUCACCCUGUCCUGGAUGAUGCGUGCGGUGGACUGCUUGUCGGAGCUGCACGCGAGCAUAGUCACCCUGAUAACCGAGCUCGAGCUGCCCGUCUCGGAUUGGGACGAGAAGUGGGUGGACAUCUACUUGAACAGCAGUGUGAAGCUGCUGGACGUUUGCAUCGCGCUUAGCUCGGAGCUCGCUCGGUUGGACCAAGGGCAGCUGCUCGUGCGGUACGUCCUGCAUUUGUUGGACACCGGAGCUGGUUUGCCGUCAUUGGAACAGCUCAAGCGAGCUGAGCUAUCGCUUAAGGAGUGGAUGGACAAAGUGGGCGCAGCAGGCCCUAGGCUUGACAGCUGCUCGACGGCCUUGCAGGAGCUUGCUGGGAGCCUUUGUCUGAUGAAGGUCAAGAAUUCUGCCAAGGGGAAGGUCCUCAUGAGAGCUUUGUACGGAAUUGAGACUGUGACCGUCUUUAUCUGCAGUGUGUUUGUGGCUGCACUGUCAGGUAGCCCCAAGCCAUUGGUGGACUUGCGUGUUCCUCGCAAAUUUGGUUGGUCACAAGCCUUCGGUGAUCUUCAUGUUACCGUUAGUAGGGAGCUCGGAAGGAAAUUAUCCAGAGAAUGCGCUGCAGCUGUAAAGGAGCUGGAAGAAGUUGAAGCAUGUGUCAGGAAACUUCAUGAAUUGACUAGGACUGCUCAGCUUAAAGAAAAGAAUGUAAACCUGGCUUGUGAUGUUAUCCAUUCAGUGGAGGUUGUGAUGUCUGAUAGCACUUCAAAGGAUGGAGGCCUUGAGGAUAAUCUUAAGCUGGCUGAUAACACUGGCCGGGAGUGUGAACUGACAAUGCCUGAGAUUACCACAGAUGAAGGAACAAGAGAAGCUGAAAUGACACUGAAGCAGGAUACCAGGACCAUGGGGCACGGCAGCAAUGAAUUUAUCAUGCUUGAGAGUAUCAGCCAACACAACAACAUAAAUAAGACAAAUGGCAUCAGCGAUGAGAACAGCACCGUGGUUCCUGAGAGAACCAGUGCCCCAGAAGGUAGCAAACAGCCCAUGGUUCCUGAGAGGACCAGUGCCCCAGAAGGUAGCAAACAGCCCAUGGUUCCUGAGAGGACCAGUGCCCCAGAAGGUAGCCAACAGCCCAUGGUUCCUGAGAAAACUAGUGCCCCAGACGGUAUAGAUCAGCUACUGGAUUGCAUCUCCAGCAUGUCAAAAAGUGCCGAGGGGCUCAGGGUCGGGUUGGACUCCCUGUCUAAGCGAGUCGGGGACUUCUUCCAGAUCGUGCUUACAGGACGUGAUGCAUUGCUCUGCAAUCUUAGGAUGUCAGACGCAGCUAGCAAGGUCGCUGAGGUCAGGUCUUAAUAGACAAUGUUUCUGCCCUGUAUGUUACAUGUUGGUACAUUGUGUAUAUAUACAGCUGGGAUGCGCAUGCUUGUGUACACGCUUCUGACCUGGGGCCCUACCUAAAUUAAGCUCGGGCCACGCCUCACAAGCGCUGUGCAUAUCUUGUGCUGCCAGUUGUGUUGUGCAAAUAUUGCGUAGUCACGAGGCAAUGGGGUUGUAUGUAUCGUAGUUUCCCUUUGUUUUCCUUGCUUUGUGGUAAGUAAAGGUAGACGCAUGUUGGCUCGCGCGACCAGAAAAUAUUUGUACUAUAUGUAUGCUGUAGGUUUGCUGCUAGUGUAAGACUAUAAAUGAUGAGGGAGCAUCGUAGAAGGCAAUGAAGUUCAGGUUGAUCUGCAA